UCUAGUCAUGUGCCAGUUCAAAGAGCGAGUCCGGAGGCUUUUCGAUAAGUCGACCUGUGGCGAAUCUUGGGGCAUUGCACCAAAGUUACAAUGCACACGUGUACGCGUACCUCGGCUUCUCGCGAAGGCCGUAGACUUCGCUAAAGGCACGUCUGGAGCCGGUGAAAGUUUACCUGCCCCACGGGUGUGAUAGUACGCCGCCUUUUAUAGUAGCGAAUUCGCACGCCGCCUCUGUUCACAUUGCCAUCGCCGACGGGCGUCUGGGCAACUGCAGUGGUCUCACACCCUCUUGAGUAGUCGACACAUAGCAGUCGUCGCGCCAAACGAGGUUUCCUGAUUGUGUUUUCUUUGUGCCCGGGGAUUGGCUGGCAGCACAGUCCAUGGCAUCCUCGCAGCGACUGCGCGCGCUUGCAUUGUACAAAGAACUCCAUCGCCUUGGACGAGAAUUCGAGCCAUCAUACGAUUUCCAUGGCAAGUUGAGGCGACUUUACGAAAAGAAUCGACAUCUGACAGACGAGGGUGAGAUAGAAAAGGCUAUCCAGUUUGGGGAGUAUAUCAAGAACGAAACGCUGGCGCUGUAUUCGCUGCGCAAGUACAGACAUCUGAGACGGAUGUACCCAAGUGGAAGUAGCGGCGACAAUAGCAAUGGCACUAUGUAUUAGUUUAGUUCCGUAAUCGGCCGAGAGUGGUUUAAGGUUGAGCAGAUCUGGAGAUGCGGACUUCCUAUUAUGGAUCGGG